CCGCCUUUCGCUCGUCGGGCUCGUGGCCGUACUCGAAGUUUCAUCUCUUUUACGCAUCGCUCUUCUUAUAACGAAUAUACGAUGGUGAAUGUACCAAAGCAGAGACGCACUUUCUGCCAAAAGUGCAAAGUGCACAAGACCCAUAAGGUCACUCAGUACAAGAAGAGCAAGGAGAGGCAUGCUAGCCAGGGUCGCAGACGUUACGACCGCAAACAGCAAGGUUUUGGAGGUCAAACUAAGCCCAUCUUCAGAAAGAAGGCUAAGACCACCAAGAAAAUUGUUUUGAGGAUGGAAUGCACUGAGUGCAAGUACAGAAAGCAAGUUCCUCUGAAAAGGUGCAAGCAUUUCGAACUUGGAGGCGACAAGAAGAGGAAGGGACAAAUGAUUCAGUUCUAAGAAGUUUUACAUCUUUAACUUUAGGAGCUGUAUUUAUUUAAUUUAAAUAAAAAAUGUGAAAAAAUAUUA